UGUAAGAGACAUGCGUUCAAACUUGCGACUCAGAGGCUGGAGGUGCUCUUACCAGUCGACACCCAACAUUAAUGAGGUAGUGGAUAAUGAAUAUUCCUGGCACCUUCACCAAAAUGCUGUGACGCCAUGGAGGAGUUUGAGGACCAGAUGGGAGGACCCAGUGAGAGGAAGACGAACUCCCCCGUUUUUAUCCUUUGAUGAACCAUGUAGAUCAGAGCACACAUCUAGUCCUUUUUUAUUCUUGGGUCGGACCCGGAGUGUUCCUGAAGCUCUCCAUUGCUUUAGUAGGCCACCUUUACAAUCAAGUUUCUCCUCUGUAACCAUCACUGCCCGGAGUUUGUCUCCUAAAAGGGACUGUACAGCUUACUCAAGCUCAACAUUUCGCCCUCUAAACAUGCCUGACAGACCGCCCUCUUUCAGGCCUCGCAGUGAAUAUAAAACCGUACACACCCUUGAUGAGACUCUAGUGUCUCCUAGAUGUGGAGCGGUCGCAGUGACUGUGACCGAGUCCAGCGAACAACAUUGCGCUAGUAAAGACCAGAGCAGUUCCCAAACUUCACCAUCCCACUACAACAGCUACACAGAGAAUGAAGAGCAAACAGACUUUUCGUCCCCUUUAAAACACCAUAUCUUUCGCUCCUGUGCCCAUCUGGAGCUCCUUCCACCCCAGCUGUCCAGAUCCACUCUGUACAUUGACAAAUCCCUCUCAAUCCCUCUUGGAAAGACUAUGUUUAGAUCCACUCUGUCCCUUUCCCUCAGAAAAGCAUCUUUUACUCAGACCCUGGAGAAACCCAGGACAAUGUUUCAGCCUAAAAGGUCCUACAGCAACUGGGACGUGGGAAACGCUGGCAUUGAUGGAACAGAAAGGCUGUCCCAGCACCUGAAGGAUGGUGGUGGUGCCUUUAGGAGUAAUGCUGGCUCUGGCUCCGACAUGCUGCGUUCCACUUUAACAUCAUUGCCAUUCAGAACAAGGUGCCACUCAUCUUCUGCCGCCUUCACACUGAAUGGAAAGGCUAAUGAUGUCUUAGGGCCUCCGCAGAGCAAUCUAAGAGCCAGACAGGCAUUCAGCAAGCCAUCAGGAGUCCCUCAGGUGUGUCGAAGGACCCCCCAUGAGGUCAGAACAGUUUCCCUCACUGCUGAGAAAGUCAGAAGACUUAUUGAGUGGCCAGCUUCUCCUCAUCCAACUAAUUGUACCUGUGGGUCCAGGACUGGUCAGCAGGACACUAAACCCCAGUCGCUAAGCUUGAAGGAGGCCCUUGAGCUGCUUCGGCCAGAUUUCAUCUCUCGCUCUCAGAAUCGGGUGCGACGCUUGGAACUGAGGGCCAGGGAGAGGCGAAGCUUACAAACAGCUGAAUUUAUCAUGGGCGUGGAGACUGUUAAUCGAAGGCGGAACUGCACAAAGCCACACCCACUAAGUGAUAACCUUUUCAAACCCAGGGACAGAGCCAUUUCAGGCAAGGAGAUGCAAUGGAGAUCCAGACGGAUUUACAACAAACUCCCAGAGGUGACCAAGAAGAAGGAGGAGGAAAAGAAGCGGCUGGUGACCGAAACCAACAGGCUGAGGGCAGAGGUCUUCAAAAAGAAACUUCUGGAUCAGAUUCUUCAAAGACAUGGUGACUGAGGGAAGAGCCUGUUCACAAGAUUCGUAUCCCUGCGCUCUUCUUGCCUGAGGCAAAGAACUGAAGACGAGCAAAACCUUUGCAGCUCCCUCCUGAGAGCAGAGCUUGGCUUUCUGAUGCAUUGUUCUAAAUAUGAAACACCUUUUACUGGACCUGCAUGAGGUGAAUCCACAUGAUGUAUGGAUGCACGUGUGUGUCCAUGCUGUGUGAUUGAAUGAGCAUGUUUGAUAGUGCAGUAUAAAGCCACUUACUGUAGUGUAAGACUCUAGACUAGGGGUGCAUUUAGGAAAACAAUAAUGUAGCUUCCGGUUUAACUAUCAGAAUAUGACGUAUUGUUGGAUAAAUUAACUAAUGGCUUCACUAAUUAACUAAUCUUUUGUUAGUGAUGCCAUGCAAAACAGGGAGUGAUAACUUUUGCUCAAUAUAAUGUCCGUGAUUAAAAUAAUGUCAUCUUUUAUCUGUAAGUAAUGAACAUGAUCUAAGCCUAUAGAAUGUAAUGCUGUCUCUAUGGUGAUACACUGGCAAUGAGAACUUAUAUAUCAAUAAUAUCAUAUAUCAUUGCUAUUUGCUUUUUAUUUUGUUAUAUUAAAGUGUUAGUUCACCACGAAUGAAAAAUUCUGUCAUCGUUACUCAUGCUCUGGUUCUUUCUUUGUUUUGCUGAACACAAAGGAACAUAUUUGGAAGAAUGUCAGUAACAGAUACUUGAGUGAAUGGGUUUCUGUGUUCUUCAGCAGAACCAAGACAUUUUCUGAAACAGCCAGAGCAUUAGUAAACCAUGACAGAAUUGUAUUUUUUAGAUAACAUAUCGCUUUAUUGCUCUGUUGUUUAGUUGUGGUAGCAUGUACUGGUCGAACAAAGAUUGCUCUGUAAUUCUCCUAACAAACAAAAUAUGUUAAAUGAUAAUUUGUAUGAAUGACAGAUAUAGGGCUCUAUUUUAAUGAUCUAGGCGCAAAGUCUAAGGCGCAUGGUGCA